AUGUAUAUACACAAGUGUGCCUCGGCCAUUCGCUGGUCCGGGUUCCGGGAAUAUAUCUAUGGAACUUCCAUUGACACGCUCAUCACAAAGGGAUGGGGUCAGAUCCGCGUGGCCUCGGUGGACAUCUUCGAAGCAUCUUUCGAUCUCCCUGAUCAGGCUCGAUUGAUUGGGAAUGUCUUGACCAAUGAGACGGAUCCUUUCUUCCUCUGGCAAUAUGAUCCUACCUACCCUUGUCCCAAUGGGUGUUCGCUGUUCGUUGAUUACAUGAAGUUCGUCCCGGAGUUACGGCACUCGUCGUUGGGCGCGCAUGACUGCUGUCAGAUUCCACGGAAGUUUACGGGCAGCUUUCGGGUACCUUCGGACAUACUAGUGACCGAGACCACCGAGACCAGAGAUCAAAACCUCGAUAAAAGAGUCGCAAGCGCUACUGUUGUCACCCCUUCAAUCCUCUUCCUUGCUAUGUUGAUACAUAUUCCACAUAAUUUAACGCUUUCUUCACUGCGGCUUACCAGUCAAACAAGGCUUCGCGUCGCCAUAGCACAAACUCGACCACGCUCUCACUCGCCUCUUUACUAUAUCCCAGUUUCACAUUCUUUGCACACUAGCUCAGCACAGGGAACAAAAAUGCUAUCAGCACCCGUUCGUGCCGUCUCCUUUCCAAGUGAAAGCAAGCUGGCAUCGUCAUAUAAAUCCGCUUAUUUCGUCGACGCAUUUGCCGUGUCCCUUCCAAUACAUAAGUCUGGAGAAUACAGCCCAGAUGCCCUCGCGCGAGCUUUGUUUUGCGAGCCACCUGCCUGGUUUUCACUGCUGAUGUGGAUUAGAGAUCGAGUCAUGUCGAUCUUUGGCGUGAAGCGCUCCACAGAGAUACAAGCAGCAGCUGAGAAAAAAGGCAUCGAUACUAUUGCAGUAUUCCCUGUAAUCUCGCGCACGGAGAAUGAGAUUAUCGUGGGAGAAGUUGACAGUCAUCUCAACUUUCAGACUUCAGUUCUGAUACGAGAAGAUCAGCAUAUUGCAGCGGGUCAUAGGGACAGUAAUGAAAAAGGCAAGGAGAUGGUCGCGACAACGGUGGUUCAUUGUCAUGGGCUCUUUGGGAAGGCCUACAUCAUGAUCAUUAAAGCCUUCCAUGUCAUGAUCGUUAAGAACGGUUUAGCGAGGGUACCUAGGAGGAUUAAUUCCAAUAGAUUGCCAGGUGGAGAACACUAG